CUUGCCUUGGCGCCUAGCGGGACCGACGGCUGUCUCGUGAGACAUCGUUGCUCGGUUCCGCGCUCUGCAUCAGACAGUCGCACACACGCUCGCGAGAAGGCUGCCGUUAGGCAAGUCGUCGGCGCGAGCUCGCACCUGAUGCUCGUUGGUGGUGUCCUGGCCUGCUCUGCUGGCUUCCGCAGCGUAUCUUCAAAUUCAGAAUUCAUGCGCAGUCUAUUAGCUCAGUGCAUGGCAGACGCCUCAGUUCCGUCUCGGCGCCUCCUGUCCACGCUAUCUCGAUCGCUCGUGGCAUCACCCGUGAUCCCAUCACUGAGAGAACAACCUGCCGCUUCCACACGGCUACGUCGCUGGACGUCACACUACUAUUUCUUGAAUGCUGGUGAGACUGUAGCUGGAGCGAGAUCAUCGUCAUGUUUGCGUACAUUCUGGCACAUCCUGUGCUAUGAGCGUGGCCCUGGGCAACGAAGCAUCCUUGGUGUGCAUUCAGCGUGGUCCUCGUGUCUGCGGCCCCUUUAUAGCGUUGACGUUUCACGGGCAAUAUUUAGCUCGGUAGUCUUGUAGCGCCGCGCUUCAGCCGCAACCCUGGCAUUCAUCGUUUAGCCUAAACAGCGUCCCCGGAGAUAUUUUUGUCCUUCCAUGUUCCUGGCAUUACCCG